ACACAAAGACUAGGAGACAUACACACAUAGACACAUGGAUACAGACAUAAAGACACACAUAUAGAUAUUUCAUACACAGAUAAAGACACAUUGACACAAACAAUACAUACACACACACACGCGUAGAUAUAUGGGCACGUAGACUCAGACAGAAAGACCAGCACAUAGAUGAGCGUGCAUAUCGACAUGAACACACAGAGACACGCACAGACCAACAUACACACAUUCAGCCGUAAACAUAGACACACACGCUCACAGAGAGACAUUGAAACCGACGCAAGUAUUGCUACUGCCAGGGACAAGCGCACAUAGACAACAGAGACACUCACACAUAGACAAAUCAUACAUAAACACACGAGGGCAGUGUGUCUUUACUGUCAUUCAUACGCAUAGCACGCAGACAGACACGUGCUGCAGACAGACAGGCAGGCAAGGCUUCGCCCCUCGACGAAGAGUCGGUUAGACACGGGGAUUCGGCGUCUCUGCGUCUCGUGUCUCAGCCGUGUCUCCACGAUGCCUGGGAAGACAGCCAACAAGAGCCAGCUGACGGCGCCGCUGCUGGUCUCCGUGUGCGCCGCCGUGCUCAGUUCCUUUGAGUUCGGCUACAACAUCGGCGUGACGAACGCUCCCGAGCAGAUCAUCCGCAGGUUCUACAAUGCCACGUGGUUGGGUCGCCAUGGCGUGGCCAUGCCUCCCUCCUCGCUCACCGCGGUCUGGGCCCUCUCUGUCGCCAUCUUCGCUGUGGGGGGCAUGGUGAGCGCCCUCAUGGUGGGGGCGCUCACCUCCAAAUACAGCAGGCGUAACUGCCUCAUGGCAAACAACGCGCUGGCGCUGCUGGGCGGGACCCUCAUGGCCAUAUCCAAGGCCGCCUCCUCCUACGAGACGCUCGUCGCAGGCAGACUCAUCGUGGGCCUCUACUGCGGUCUCUCCACGGGCCUGGUCCCCAUGUACAUUGGGGAGUUGUCCCCCACCGAGCUGCGAGGGGCCCUGGGCACCCUGCACCAGCUCGCCGUCGUCAUCGGCAUCCUCUUUGCUCAGGUGCUGGGCAUGGAGUCCCUGCUGGGCUCUGAGUCGCUGUGGCCCCUGCUGCUCGGCUUCACGAUGGUGCCCUCGGUGGCCCAGCUCGCCGUGCUGCCCUUUUGCCCCAAGAGCCCUCGCUACCUCCUCAUCAACGAGGGCCUCGACAAGGAGGCGCGCCAAGUGCUGGUGCGCCUCCGCGGCACGGGCGACGUGGAGCGCGACAUGCAGGAGAUGCGCGAGGAGCAGCGGCAGAUGCAGCGCGAGGAGAGCGUCUCGGUGCUGUCGCUGCUGCGCUCGCGCGCCUACCGCCAGCCGCUACUCGUCUCCGUCGUGCUGCACCUGUCCCAGCAGUUCUCUGGCAUCAACGCCAUCUUCUUCUACUCCACGAGCAUCUUCACCAACGCCGGCGUGCCGAACCCCGUCUACGCCACCAUCGGCGCCGGCGCCGUCAACGUCGCCUUCACCGUCGUGUCGCUGUUCCUGGUGGAGCGGGCGGGGCGCCGCACGCUGCACCUCGUGGGCCUGGCAGGGAUGGGCGUCUGUGCCAUCAUCAUGACCAUCGCGCUCAGCCUGCAGAAAACCCUGCUGUGGAUGUCGUACGUGAGCAUCGUGGCGAUCUUCGGCUUCGUGGCGCUCUUUGAGAUCGGCCCGGGCCCCAUCCCGUGGUUCAUCGUGGCUGAGCUCUUCUCGCAGGGCCCGCGGCCCGCUGCCAUCGCCAUCGCCGGCUGCGUCAACUGGACGGCCAACUUCCUCGUCAGCAUGUGCUUCCAGUACAUCGAGGAGCUCACGGGCCCCUACGUGUUCGUGAUCUUCGUGGUGCUGCUCGCCCUCUUCUGCCUCUUCACCUACUUCAAGGUGCCCGAGACAAAGGGCCGCAGCUUCGAGGAGAUCGCGGCCGCAUUCGGGGGGGACGCCGCCACCGCCUCCAUCGGCACGAGGCCCCAUGACAAGGAGGAGGCCCACGGCCUGCAGUCCGAGUCUCAAGUCUAGCCGACUCGCUCACUCGCUCACACACUCACUCACUUACACACUCGCUCACUCACACACUCACUCACUUACACACUCACUCACUCACACACUCAC